GUCAACUCAUUUAAUAAAAAGUCAUCACAAUCCUAGCUUCCUAUUGGUUGGGGACUAGUGUUGUUACAAUAACAACACAAUGGGUGUUGUUACAAUAACCGGUCCCUGGUUUGUGGGUUCGAUUUGAUUUUUGGGCAUAUUUUGGGUUAACAUGCAGUCAAAGAGGGACAACACUCAGCCUUGCUUCCCCUGUAGUGGCUCUGGUGCCCGUAAGUAAACCCUUCUCUGCUAUGCCUUCUCUUCGUUAGCUAGCCUUGUUCAUGUUUGAUUGAUCUAACUCUGUUCAAUGUUGCCAUGGAGAGAACUUUCAAAUUUCCAACUGCAUUGAGUUUUAGGCAAAAUGGCUAUAGCCUAUAAGCAAGAACCAUUGCAACUGAAUGUACAUUCAUGUCACCUAGACAAACAUGCCUUUCAUCGUUGAAUGAUUGAAACAUGGUUCCUCUCUUACCUUACUGCUGGGAAUUGGAAUUGGCUUCAUGGCCAGAGAGAUGCAGAUUUUGUGAGGGAAGUGGUUCGGUGACGGUGGACCUAGGAGGGGGUGAGAAAGAAGUGUCUCCAUGCAUCAACUGUGACAGUGCUGGUUCUUUGACUUGCACCACUUGCCAAGGCUCCGGGAUUCAGCCUCGAUACCUUGAUCGAAGGGAAUUCAAAGACGACGACUGAUUUACUACGUUACAUUUGAUGCCAAGAACUCGAUACGUUCUGGUCCCAACUCAGAACAUAUGGAAGAGAAGAUCCAACAGUUCUUUUUACCGGUCUGCCUGUAACCUUGCAUCAGUGUGCCUCCCCCAACAACUCUUUUUAUAGAGCUUUUUUUUUUGUAUAAUCCUGUACUCUUGUUACACUGUUGAUACUGUACAAUUUUCGUUCUUGUUGCUACCAAUUGUAUAAAAUGAUGUUCAUGAUCCGUACUAUGCUUGCCCUUGGCUCUAAGUUAAGAACACAAGGUUUGGUGGCAAUUCAUAUCCAUACUAAUCAAUGCAGAAAACCAGAGGAAACAACAAGAAAAGAGCAAGUGAAGUAGAAAAAACUCAAAAUCGAGGAGAGAAUGAAUAUGCAUAAACGUUGAUCUAUUUCACAAGCUUGGUUACUAACAUAAUUCAUUACAACAGUUGGC